UUAAGGCUUUUAGCUACCCUUUUCCUACGGUUUCUAUCUUCUUUCCUUGUUGUCAAGCAUUUUCUUCUCGCCUGCCUGAGCCUCUCACUCUCGGUCUCAGUUCUUUCGUGUGGUGUUAGACUCUUUUUAUGAUAUAUCUGGCGCUUUUGAGCUUGUUUCACUUGAUUUGGGUUUCAGUUUAUCUCAAAGGACAUGGGCUUUGAAGCUCAUUCAUUGGCCCCUUAGAUUAGUGCAAAAAGGAAGCAUCUUUGGCUUUUGUAAGUAUCCCAUUGUUGAAUUAGUUGAAUUCUUUCAGUCUUAAACUACACAUUUGUUUAGUCAUUUUAGCUCAUUUCAGCUUUGCAGCUUGUUGUAGAAAAUUCUCUAUAGCUCCUGUUCCAUUCUGAUAUAUUCACUGAGAUUUGUGGGGGUGGAGGUUUGGGGGCUUUGUUUGAAGGAAUGCAGAGAUUCAAUUUUGUAUUUUUGUUGUUUCUGGUACCGAUUGCAUUAGCCCAAUCUGAUUUUGAAGCACUUUUAGAGCUCAAUAAAGGCAUUGAGAAAGACCCUUCUGGUAAAAUUCUUGAUUCAUGGGACUCUAAGUCCUUGGCAUCUGAUGGGUGUCCCAAGAAUUGGUUUGGCAUCACCUGUAAUGAAGGCCAUGUAACUUCAAUCACUCUAAAUGACUUGGGUUUGGUUGGGAACUUCAGUUUCCCUGUCAUUGCUGGUCUUAAGUUGCUUAGAAAUUUAUCCAUUUCAAGCAACCAGUUGACAGGGACCAUCUCGAACAUCGGCUCUAUUCGGUCUCUAGAGUUUUUGGACCUCUCGGUUAAUGCCUUUCAUGGGGUUAUACCAUCAGGUAUUGCCAAUUUAAAAGAUUUGGUUCUUCUGAAUCUUUCUUCAAAUAGUUUCGAAGGCGCAUUUCCCUCUGGUUUUAGCAACCUUAAGAGGUUGGCAUAUUUAGAUUUACGAUCUAAUGGCUUUUCUGGGGAUAUCAUGAAUCUUUUAUCCCAAUUGGAAAGUGUGGUUCAUGUGGACUUGAGCAACAAUCAGUUAUCUGGUUCACUGGACUUGGGGCUUGGAAGCUCCAGUUUUGUUUCUUCCAUUCAGUAUCUAAAUAUAAGCCGGAAUUUGGUGGUUGGAGAACUCUUUGCUCAUGAUGGAAUGCCAUAUUUCGACAGUUUAGAAGUUUUGGAUGCUAGUAAUAAUCAGUUAGUGGGAACUAUACCUUCUUUCAAUUUUAUAGUAUCUUUGCGGAUACUUCGGCUUGGGAACAACCGGUUGUCAGGAUCACUACCAGAAGCACUUUUGCAAGAAAGCUCCAUGAUCUUAUCCGAACUCGAUCUCAGCCUUAAUCAACUUGAAGGGCCAGUAGGAAGUAUAACCUCAUCAGCUCUAAAGAAGCUCAACAUUUCAUCAAACAAACUCUCGGGGUCCUUGCCGUACAGGAUAGAGCAUUGUGCAGUCAUAGACAUCAGUAACAACAUACUCUCAGGGGACUUGUCUAGAAUCCAAGGUUGGGGGAAUUAUGUGGAAGUUAUUGAACUGAGUUCAAACUCUCUGACUGGGACCUUGCCGAACCAAACUUCUCAGUUUUUAAGGCUGACUACAUUCAAGGUAUCAAACAACUCAUUACAUGGUGUGCUUCCAGCAAUUUUAGGUACAUACCCAGAAUUAAAGGUCAUUGAUCUAAGCCUCAACCACCUUAAUGGAUCUCUCCUUCCCAGCCUCUUCAUGUCAACAAAAUUGACUGAUCUCAAUCUUUCAGGCAACAAAUUUACUGGUUCGAUACCUCUUCAGGACAAAAGGAACAUGCCUUCUGUAAUUUCUGCAGAAAAUUUUAGCCUGGUGACUCUUGAUCUGUCUUAUAACUCAUUAACGGGCAGCUUGCCCACAGAAAUCACCAAGUUCCAUAACUUGGAGGUUCUUAAUCUAUCCAAUAACAAACUUGAGGGCAGCAUCCCUGAUAGUCUUCCUAAUGAACUGAAAGGAUUCAACGUGUCUUUUAAUAAUUUCUCUGGUGCUGUUCCUGACAACUUGAGUGGAUUUCCCGAGUCAUCAUUCCAUCCCGGAAACUCCUUACUGAAGUUUGGUUCUUUUCCAUCGUCACCAAAAGGUUCUUCCAACCUGAAUUUGAAGGCUCGUGGGUCUCAGCUGAAACCUGUCACCAGAAUUGCCUUGAUUGUAGGCUUGGUUGGUGGUGCUGCUAUAAUAGCACUUGUGUGCGUAAUGAUUUAUUAUAGGAACAACUGGCAGGAAACUACAAACGAUGGGCUGAAAAGAAACGGCAGCAAAGAAACCGUACAUCAAGGAGAGUAUUCCCAUUCUCAUACAUCAGCACCUUACAGAAGCAAGGGUUCAUCCUCGUCUUCAUUUAGUUUCCGUCGAGAGCUUUUGUCAUCGACCAAAAAGGGUUCUGCAUAUGAUCAGGGAAACAGUUCAUCCGUCUUAAAUGACCGUAAAUAUCUUGGUCAUCUCGAGUCCACAAGAAGAGAAGACGGAGCGGCUUCUCCCAUGUCUGUCUUGUCAUCUUCAAAAGCAUCUCCAAUAAAAGACCAAUUUCCAUUUGAGAGUUCGACUGCGCUAAAGGUUCGUUCUCCCGAUAAACUAGCUGGGGAUCUGCAUCUCUUUGAUGGAUCUCUGACACUGACUGCAGACGAACUUUCAUGUUCUCCGGCUGAAAUUAUUGGAAGGAGUUGCCACGGGACAUUGUAUAAAGCUACACUUGAUUCUGGUAAUGUAUUGGCUAUCAAAUGGUUGAAGGAAGGGAUAGCAAAAGGUAAAAAGGAAUUUGCGAGGGAAGUGAAGAAACUUGGGUACAUCAAACACCCAAAUUUAGUUUCUCUUCAGGGUUUUUAUUGGGGUCCCAAGGAGCAUGAGAAGUUGAUCAUAUCAAAUUACAUCAAUGCACGAUGUUUGGCGUUCUAUCUUCAAGACACAGAACAAGGAAAACCGCCGCCCUUGUCUCUGGAUGAACGGCUUAGGGUUGCUAUAGAUGUGGCUCGAUGUCUGAACUACCUACACAAUGAGAGCGCAAUACCCCAUGGCAACCUCAAGUCUACAAACAUUUUACUAGAAAAUCCAAAUUUGGCUGCACGCCUCACCGAUUACAGUCUCCAUCGGAUACUGACAUCAGCAGGCACAGCUGAACAAGUUCUGAACGCAGGUGCUCUUGGCUAUCGCCCCCCUGAGUUUGCUAGCUCAAGCAAACCAUGCCCAUCCUUAAAAAGUGAUGUAUAUGCCUUCGGGGUCAUAUUGAUGGAGCUUCUAACAGGAAAGAGUUCGGGAGAGAUAGUUUCAGGGAGCACGGGUAUGGUUGAUCUAACCGACUGGGUGAGAUUGUUAGCGUCAGAACACCGUGCUAGUGACUGCUUCGAUCCUAUGAUAUUGGAAAGGGAUAACGUUGAAGACACACAGAGAACGCUUGAUGCCAUGCUACAGGUAGCUCUGAGAUGCAUCCUACCAGCACAAGAGAGGCCCGAUAUGAAAUCGGUUUACGAAGAUCUCUCUGUCAUUGCAUUACAGAAAGGUAAACCAAAGGGGUUGUAACCGUGUAGCCAAACUACCAACCCCACAUUUAUUGGUUCUAGCACUAGUCCGGAAUUGAUAUAGUAAAUAUCAUUCAGAUAGG